AUUCAGACGUUUAACCAAUAUAAAUACGGUUUAUACUCAACUUCAAUGAAUAGUGCAUACGUAGCUAGCCAACAGUUCACAAGAGAACAUACAUUGGAUUUAAUCAACACUUCAGUUUAACCAAGACAAACUUGCUAAAAUUCAUUAUGUCGUUCAAAGUAGAAGCAGUUGCAUCGCCAAAGACGAUCAUCAGCACGAGAUGCCAUUGGGACGAGCAAAUGCAAAGUGUUUACUAUAACGACGUUGAGGGCGUAAUCUACCGUUAUGAUUACAAAGAGAAUAAAGUAUAUUCGGCCACUGUCGAUGGAGAAUCGGCAAUUGGUUUUGUGAUUCCAAUUGCAAACCCGAAAAAGCCAGGUGAAACCGAUGAAUUUGCUGUUGCAUUCGGUCGACGCGUUGCAGUCGUACGCUGGGAUGGUGUAUCGCCAAUAGCAGUCAUCGAAUCCACUGCUUUCGAGGUUGAACAAGGAAAGGAGAAGAAUUUGUUCAACGCAGCCAAAGCUGAUCCAACGGGAAGAUUUUAUGGUGGUACUAUGCGCUCUAUUGAAGUCGAAGACAUUUUCAUUGAAAACAAAUUGCUUCCUGAAGGUGCUUUGUAUAAGUAUGCCAAAGAAGGUGGCAUCUCGGAAUUGGUGAACAAUGUCAUUAUUUCCAAUGGCUUAGCGUGGAACGAAAAAGAGAAGAAACUUUUUCAUAUUGACUCGGGCAAAUUUUAUGUGAAAGAGUAUGCCUGGGAUCCAGCCACUGGUGAUAUCUCCAACGAACGUCUCGUAAGAGAUUUCAGCUUAAAUGGAAAGAUGCCUGGCUACCUUCCCGAUGGACUCACUAUUGAUACAGAUGGUAAUUUGUAUGUGACGGCUUUUAUGGGCUCAAAAAUUUUCAAAGUCGAACCAAAAAGCGGUAAAAUUUUGUUUGAAAUUCCGAUUCCAGCAGAAAAAGUUACAGCGGUGGCCUUUGGGGGGCCAAAUUUGGACAUCUUGUAUGUAACAACUGGAGGAAAAGAUGACUCUGCUAAUAAAAAUGCAGGUUGCUUGUUCCAAGUAACAGGAUUGGGUGCUAAAGGUUUCCCUGGUGUUAGAGUUCGCAUCUAAAAAAAACUCGAAGAAAAUCAAAUAAUCAUAUUUUGAAACAAUUCCCAUAUCCAAAAUUGUUUAUAAAACCAAAAGCUGCAUUUUUGAAUUAAUUGAUUAAAAAUCAUGUAUUUUGAUAUAAAACGGAAAUUAUGUCGUUCACAGUAGGUUUAUUGAUUUGCAGACAUAAAUUGAAAUGAUAAACAAUAUAAGAAAAGAACACAAUUUUUUACAUUGAUAAAUUUAUCAUCAACUCUUUAUAUGCUUUUAACUAUACAAGCGUGUAUGCCAACAUUUUUGAAUACAGCGUUGAACAUUAUUUUAUCAAUGAAAGUUCCGGUGAAAAAAUUAUGUUUUGGGCAAUUAGACAACUUAUUUGUUUUAUUACCAAGUACAUUUAAUCAAAUAAAACAACUUCUGUUAAUUGUUAAAAUAUUGACAAUGACGUCGCUUGGUCUAAUAUUCACAUUGUGAUAUUCUAUCGGUGGACGUGAAAAAGAUUGAAGAUUUAUUACGUCCUGGAAAGCUUUUAGAGUUGGCUGUAUCAGAAGAUGGUGUUGUUCAAAGGAAAUCAGUGGGCAGUAUGGCAUUCAAAAAUAUUUUAUUGGAUAAAAAGUAGAAUUCAAUUGACAAGAUUUAAUUUAAAGGUCAAUUAUAAUGUAAAUCUUCAAAUUCAGAUUCACUCGAACUGUGCUCUUCGGGCAAAUCGUUGAUAAUUUCUUUAUCGAGCUCUUGGCUAAUUUGAAGGCAGAUAAAUUUACUGAUAUUCCGAAUGACUUCACAGAAGUAUUCAUUUGUGCACUGGAAACGCAUGAUUAUGUCACCAGCGGCGAAUGAUAAAUCCUUCAAAUUCAAAUCUGAAAACAGUUGAGUGACAAAUAGGUUCAUGGCAAUUCUUUGUUAUAACUGUCCAAUUGGAAAAAAAAUACUCACUCAGACUUGUCCACGAGGAAAUGAUAUUGCUAUCCGCAUUCCAAUAAUGACUUUGUUUCACUUUAACCAUUUCCAUUAUGCGCUGAUAAAUCGAUGAAUGAAAACAAAUGUUCGAAAUCGCGGCCAUCGGGCUUAUCUGAAUAGUGAAAUUCCGUUUUAGAUAUGGUUUCACAGAAACUCCUUACACCAAUAUCAAUCAUUUCGUUCAAAUCGUACUGAAAUAAAUAGAAUCAGCUUUAGUAUGUACACAAAUCCAUUAUAGUUUUGGUUUUCUCACGGUUUUUUCGGAUUUUCGAAUUGAUUUUCUAUUUAGGUCUCUCCCUAUAAAAUCGUCGUAUGAUAAUGACGAUUCACCUAUAAUCUGAGCGGAAUCAUCAAUAAUGACACGUUUGGCCUUUGACUCUUUCUCAUCAUCGCUAAUUAAACUGUUAUUUUGAACUUUGAGACUAUUUCUGGUCCAAUGUUCUCUGAUGCACCUAAUACGGUCAUUUUUGAUUUCAGUUAUAGUGCGAGAUAUCAACUCGGCAACACUUUCACGAACAAAAUCAUCACAUCUUGGUGGUCCCAUUUCCGGUCUUAUAAUAACCACUCGAGCCAUAAAAGAUAAAAGUCGCUCUAGUAAUUGUGCGGCUGAGGAUGGUAUUUCUAGUACUCCCAGAACAUGUUCCAGUGUAUAUAAAUAUCCCGCGAUAUAAUUCCUAGUCAAUACUGAAAAUCGACGAGAAAUUUCCGCAAAGUCUUUUGGAUCAACUGAUUGUAAAUGCAUUUUUGAUGAUUUGUGUAUUUUCUUCCAAACAUUUUCAACCAUUUCGCUUAGUUGCUUCUGUCUGGCGAUUUGUUGUUUUAAUUUUAUCUUAUUGAUUUCAUCAUUUUCAUGGAUUCGUUGGAAAUACUCUUCCCGUUUCUUCAGAUAAUUAUGGUGAGAAGCAAUCAAUUAGAUGGCACACACCGUGAAAAUGUAUAAACGAGUAAAGUAAUUUGAAACGUUACUUUCAUGUUCCUGCGUUUUUCAUAUUCAUAAAAUUGGUACAUUUUGAUAUUCUUCUCUCGCGUCUCCUCUCUAAACAGCCAAUGUCUUUUGAAGAACUCCAUUCCGUCGGUAUAUUUUUUGAUGAACUUCUCAUCUUGUAAGUGUUUCUUCCUUUCUUCUGCUUCUUGCAGUUUGUUUGUAAUUUUCUUUUCCACUUCGAUCUUUUUUCUGAAGUUUUUCAAGCAAAAAUAUUCUUAUUUUAAAACAAAUCCAACCAAAAAAAUAUUGAGAUCAUUACAUGUUUUCUCUCUGAAGAAGCGCCAACUUGUUCCCAUGCAACCUAUUUUCUUGUUCGAAAUUUUUCUCUUUGAAACGAAUUCGUUUUUCUUCUUUAAUUUUUGCAGCUCGUUUGGCUGCUUGAUCCAAGUUCGAGUUAGUUUGCUUUAAAUAUAUUUUCCUACGAUCACUGGAGAAGAACCAAACUUAAUUACAUCGUGUGGGUUUAAUUCGAAAAUCAGAAUUACUUUGUCAAGUCUGUCUUUGGUUUUCGUUCAUUUUUAUAUCUUUUGUGUCGAAAAAUGCCAGUGAAUUGAGACUCAUACUUUUUUGCAUUCGUCAACUUAUGCAGAUUGUCGGAUAGCCGUUUUUGUUGCUGGAACCAUGUUUUUAUUAUUUAAACAAUCCUCAGCAUGAACUGUUUUAAUACGAACCAUGUUUCUCAUUUUAUCAGACACUUCCAAUGCACGCAAGCCUUCAAGGUAUCGCAAGUAUUCAGCAAACUCUUUCGUUGAACACAAUACAUUAUCCUGUUCAGUGACCACGCCAAGAGUUUCUAAUCCCUUUCGAACCGGCGCAGAAUUGAAGUAACGUUUCAAUGCUGGAUCUUGCAUUAGAUGGUAUUCCACAAAAAAUCGUGAUUGAUACAUGUAGGGAUCGUGUAACAUGAAUCCAUGGCGAUGUUGUUUCAAAAGCGAUUUUCCGAUUUGUUUUGAGUCACAGGAAUGUUAUUCGAAAUCGAAAACACCCAUGAAAUAACCGAAGUAUCGAAUUAGGCAAUGUCAACACCAUCUUCCGAUACAGCCAUUUCUAUAGGUUUUCUAGGACGUUAGAAAUCUUUAAUCUUUUCCACAUCAAUCAAUAAAAUGUCACAACGUGAACUUUUUUUCACCAGAACUCAUUUCUACUUUUUCUCAACGUUUAUAUAUACCACCAAAAUGGAUAGAUAGAUAGGUAGACAGAAGCUCUUUUGUCUUCUAAAUAAUAUUUAGCCUUUUUACUAAUAAAAUGACAUCGCUUAGCUCAACGAAGACUUGAUUGUCGGCCGAAUAUUAUACGAUCAUAUCUUUAAAUUGUAAUUUGUGGACGUUUUCGAUAAAUUUAUUAAAAUUUCGUUACACUGGUGGAAACAAGAAAAUAAAAUGUGAGUUUGAAAAUGCA